AUGGCACGAAUUCAGAUCCCCAUCGACGUGAUCACGUCCCGACUCAAUCUCUCCGACAGAUUUGCGGGCGUCCGCUCCCAGUCAAUCACGGCGAGAUUUGCCAAUUUGAAGCCUAUUUCGGAAUUCCUCGACUUAAAGAGACUCUCCAAGCCUGCCAACUUUGGCGAGGUUCAGUCACGAAUCAACUACAACCUGGGCUAUUUCUCUAGCAACUAUGCCGCUGUCUUUGUGAUGCUCAGCAUCUACAGUCUUCUUACCAAUUGGACCCUGCUCUUCGAUAUCAUUCUGGUCGUUGGUGGUAUGUGGGGUAUUGGCAAACUUGGGGGUGAGGACUUGGUCGUGGGUACCUUCCGCGCCACAUCUUCUCAGCUCUACACGGCACUGCUUGUCGUCUCGGUUCCCCUCGGUCUCUACGCAUCACCAAUUGGAACACUCUUAUGGCUCAUUGGCGCAAGUGGCGUCACUAUUUUAGGACACGCUUCAUUCAUGGACAAACCCAUCGAUGAGGCUUUUUCCGGGGAGGCGGUCUAG